AUGCCAAUCACCACCAUGCCAAUCACCAACAUGUCAAUCACCAACAUGAUAAUCACCACCAUGCCAAUCACCACCAUGUCAAUCACCACUAUGCCAAUCACCACCAUGCGAAUCAUCACCAUGCCAAUCACAACCAUGCCAAUCACAAACAUGCCAAUCACCAACAUGCCAAUCACCAACAUGCCAAUCACCAACAUGCCAAUCACCAACAUGCCAAUCACCACCAUGACAAUGACCAACAUGUCAAUCACCAACAUGCCAAUCACCAACAUACCAAUCACCACCAUAUCAAUCACCACCAUGCCAAUCACCAACAUGCGAAUCACCAACAUGAAAAUUACCACCAUGCCAAUCACCACCAUGCCAAUCACCACCAUGAUAAUCACCACCAUACCAAUCACCACCAUGUCAAUCACCACCAUUCCAAUCACCACCAUGACAAUCACCAACAUGCCAAUCACCAACAUGCAAAUCAACAACAUGCCAAUCACCAACAUGCCAAUCACCAACAUGCCAAUCACCACCAUUCCAAUCACCACCAUUCCAAUAACCAACAUGCGAAUCACCAACAUGAAAAUCACCAACAUGUCAAUCACUAACAUGCCAAUCACCACCAUGUCAAUCACCAACAUGUCAAUCAUCAACAUGCCAAUCACCAACAUACAAAUCACCACCAUGACAAUCACCAACAUGCCAAUCACCAACAUGCGAAUCACCAACAUGAAAAUCACCAACAUGCCAAUCACUAACAUGUCAGUCACCACCAUGCCAAUCACCACCAUGCCAAUCUCUACCAUGCCAAUCACCACCAUGACAAUCACCAACAUGACAAUCACCAACAUAACAAUCACCAACAUGCCAAUCACCAACAUGCAAAUCACCAACAUGCCAAUCACCAACAUGCCAAUAACCAACAUGUCAAUCACCAUUAUGCCAAUCACCAACAUUCCAAUCACCACCAUGCAAAUCACCACCAUGCCAAUUACCACCAUGCCAAUCACCAACAUGCAAAUCACCAACAUGCCAAUCACCAACAUGCCACCAUGGCAAUUACCACCAUGCAAAUCACCAACAUACCAAUCACCAACAUGCUCAUUACCACCAUGCCAAUCACCAACAUGCCAAUCACCAACAUGCCAGUCACCACCAUGCCAAUUAUAA